CCCUUCUUCUCCCUCUCCCUACAAAUAAAGAAAUCCCCAUCUCUCUGUCUCUCCUCAUUUCAUUUGCCAGACCUCCAUAACCAUUCCAUCCUUCCUUCCAAUCACUCCCUAAAAGCCUUAGCUAUGGGGCAUGACAAAACUGAGAAGAUCACAAUGAUGGUCCUGAGUGUUGAUCUAAAGUGCUCAAGCUGCUACAAGAAGGUCAAAAAAAUCAUUUGCAAAUUCCCUCAAAUCAGAGACCAAAUAUACAUGGAAGAAGAGAAUAAGGUUAGGAUCACAGUGGUUUGCUGUAGCCCUGAGAAGAUCCGUGAUAAAUUGUGUUACAAGGGAGGUGGCGUUAUUAAGAGUAUUGAAAUCAUUGAACCACCUAAGCCCAAAGAUGCUCCCAAACCGGCCGAGAAGCCCAAGGAUGCUCCCAAACCGGCCGAGAAGCCCAAGGAUGCUCCCAAACCCGCCGAGAAGCCCAAGGAUGCUCCCAAACCUGCCGAGAAGCCCAAGGAUGCUCCCAAACCUGCCGAGAAGCCGAAAGAUGCUCCCAAACCUGCCGAGAAGCCGAAGGAGGCUGAGAAGCCUAAAGAGAAGCCUAAAGACCAAGAGAAGCCCAAAGAGAAACCAAAAGACCAAGAGAAGCCCAAAGAUAUGCCGAAAGGCUUUGACAAGCCCAGAGAUAUGCCGAGAGGCCCGGAGAAGCCCAAACAAGGUCCUCCAAUGCCAGAGCCGAUGUUUAUACCGAUGAAGCAACCGGAGCCAAUGUCAAACGUGCCCGGACCGGGGCAGGUGUCAGUGAUGCCGGUUUCUCACGGGUAUCCGCCUGCGAUGUACUGUUAUGAGCCGUGCUACGAAUGGUACGGAGCACAGAUGGCCCCACCACCAAUGCUACCACCGCCCCAGCAGCCUUGCUAUGACAAUUACUCAGCCAAUUGGUGUCGUUGUGGACAGGCCAAGGGUUACUACGGGUGCAGGUGUGAUCACACUUACUUCAGUGAAGAAAACACAAAUGGGUGCACUAUCAUGUAACAAUAAUUAUAAGUAUAAUAACAAUAAUUAGAAUUAUAAUAAUACUGAUGCUUAGUGGACAUUUUGUCGAUACACAGUUCAUCGGUUGCGUGACAGCAACAUACGUGUUGUUCCUUUCUGAUGUAUGUAUUUAUACUGUUGCUUUUUCCAUCAUCAUAAGAAUAAGGUCAGUGGCCUGGUUGUUGCCAGUUAUAUUAUAUAAAAAACACUUCAUUAUACUCCUAAUAGAAUUUAUUUCUUCAUUAUAAA